ACACGGUGGGAGGGAGAAACGGGCUGGGAGCAGUCGGCGCGGCCAGGCGCGUGUGCGGGUGGUCGUGCUCUCGCGAGCUCUCGGUGCGGCGCUGUCGCGUGCGAGGCUCGCGCAGGCCCCACGCCGUGUGGAGCCGUUGGUGCGACAGCGACCCCCGCGCGGCCUGAGAAUUGUCUGGUGUUUCUCAGCUUGAAGAAGAUCUACGGUCAUUAUUGAUCCUCUUUCUUGGCGUUACCAUUUUUGAAGUGAAGUUUACCUAGCUUUCUAGUGUGGGUUUCUUUUCAGUCAUCUUUAAAUUUUGAUCCAUAAAGUAGACAAGCUAUAGUUCUACAAUGUCCAAGUCAUUCCAGCAGUCAUCUCUAAGUAGGGAUUCACAAGGUCAUGGGCGUGACCUCUCUGCAGGAAUAGGCCUUCUUGCUGCUGCUACCCAGUCUUUAAAUAUGCCAGCAUCUCUUGGAAGGAUGAACCAGGGCACUGCACGCCUUGCUAGCUUAAUGAAUCUUGGAAUGAGUUCUUCAUUGAAUCAACAAGGAUCUCAUAGUGCACUGUCUUCUGGUAGUACCUCUUCCCAUAAUUUACAAUCUAUAUUUAACAUUGGAAGUAGAGGUCCACUCCCUUUGUCUUCUCAGCACCGUGGAGAUGCAGAACAGGCCAGUAACAUUUUGGCCAGCUUUGGUCUCUCUGCUAGAGACUUAGAUGAACUGAGUCGCUAUCCAGAGGACAAGAUUACUCCUGAAAACUUGCCUCAAAUCCUUCUACAACUUAAAAGGAGGAGAGCUGAAGAAGGUUAUGGUAGAGAUGGCAGAUCAUCUACACGGGAGCCACCGUACAGAGUACCUAGGGAUGAUUGGGAAGAAAAAAGGCAUUUUAGAAGAGAUAGUUUUGAUGAUCGUGGUUCUAGUCUCAACCCAGUGGUUGACUAUGACCAUGGAAGUCGGUCACAAGAAUCUGGUUAUUAUGACAGAAUGGAUUAUGAAGAUGACAGAUUAAGAGAUGGAGAAAGGUGUAGGGAUGACUCUUUUUAUGGUGAGACCUCGCAUAAGUAUCAUAAAUUUGACAGUGAGUAUGACAGAAUGGGUCGUGGUCCUGGUCCUGAGAGAUCUCUUUUUGAGAAAAAGAGAGGUGCUCCUCCAAAUAGCAAUAUUGAAGACUUCCACGGAUUCUUACCGAAGGGUUAUCCCCAUCUGUGCUCUAUAUGUGAUAUGCCAGUUCAUUCUAAUAAGGAGUGGAGCCAUCAUAUCAAUGGAGCAACUCACAGUCGACGCUGUCAGCUUCUGCUUGAAAUAUAUCCAGAAUGGAAUCCUGACAGUGAUUCUGGACAUGGAAUGGGUGAUCCUUUUAUGUUGCAGCAGUCUACAAACCCUGCACCAGGAAUUUUGGGACCUCCACCACCUCCGUUUCAUCUUGGGCCACCAGGUGGGCCAAGAGGGUCUGGAAAUGGAAACAUGCAAGGACCAAGGCACAUGCAAAAAGGCAGAGUGGAAACCAGCAGGGUUGUACACAUCAUGGAUUUCCAGAGGGGGAAAAACUUGAGGUAUCAGUUGCUGCAGCUUGUUGAACCUUUUGGAAUAAUUACAAAUCACUUGAUUCUCAACAAAAUCAAUGAGGCAUUCAUUGAAAUGUCCACCACUGAAGAUGCCCAGGCUGCAGUAGAAUAUUAUUCGACAACACCAGCUCUUGUAUUUGGCAAACCAGUAAGAGUCCACCUGUCCCAGAAAUACAAAAGAAUAAAGAAACCAGAAGGGAAGCCUGACCAAAAAACUGAGCCACCAAAACCAGAACUUGGUCGUGUGAUUCACCUCAGUAAUUUACCUCAUUCAGGAUAUUCUGACAAUUCAGUGCUCAAACUAGCUGAGCCAUAUGGAAAAAUAAAGAACUACAUACUGAUGAGAAUGAAAAGCCAGGCUUUCAUAGAGAUGGAGACCAGAGAAGAUGCUUUAGCUAUGGUUGAGCAUUGUGCAAACAAAGCACUUUGGUUCCAAGGCAGAUGUGUGAAGGUGGACUUGUCUGAAAAGUACAAGAAGCUGGUAUUAAGGAUUCCCAACAAAGGAGUUGAACUACUGAAAAAAGACAAAGCUAGAAAGCGAACGUAUUCUCCAGAUAACAAAGAUUCUCCAAGUGAUAAAAAAUCGAAGACAGAUGGUACUCAGAAAACUGAAAGUGGCAGUGCUGAAGAUAAAGAGAAGGAGGAGAAGCAGGAGGGUGAUGGUGAGAAACCAGCUGCAAAAGGCAGCGAACAGGCAGAGCAAGAUGAACCUAGUCUGCUCCUUGAAUCUGAAGAUGAGCUGCUAGUAGAUGAGGAAGAGGCAGCAGCUCUGCUAGAAAGUGGCAGCUCAGCAGGAGAUGACACCGAUGUUGCAAAUUUAGGCGAUGUGUCAACUGAGGAAAAGAAAGAUGCAGUUGACGACACUACCACAAAAACUGAAGGAAAUGUUGGCACUAAUGUAGCAGCAAAGAAAAAACUUAAAAAGCGGUAUGUAGGUGGUUUCCCACGGAGCAUGGAAGGCUUUGUCACUCUAGAUGAAGUUGGUGAUGAAGAAGACUCUGAUCAUCAGAAACUUCGUAAAUCAGGCAUGGCAGUUAAAUCUGCUAGCAAAAAUGAUGAUAGCUUGGCUGAAAUUAAGGUAGAUAAGAUUGAGGAACCAGAACAGGAAAGUGAAACCUUGGAAAAUGGAACCAAAACUGAGGAGAAUUUGAAGUCUGAACCUGUUGAAGCUGCUGAUAAUACAGCAGCACAGGAUACAGAGAAAAGUACAAAUGAAAAUAUAGAUAUAAAGGAAGAACAGGAGACCAAGAGCAUCCAGGAGAAAACUGUUACCCCAGAUGAAUAUCGAAUUGGACCAUACCAGCCGAACAUUCCUGUUGGUGUGAAUUAUGUGGUACCCAAAACAGGGUUUUAUUGCAAAUUGUGUUCCCUGUUCUACACAAAUGAAGAUGUUGCAAAAAAGACCCAUUGCAGCAGCCUUCCUCAUUAUCAAAAGUUGAAGAGAAUUCUGGAUAAAAUGGCAGAAGAUCACAGACAAAAGAAAGAGGCUUAAGUGCAAAAAGCUCAAUUUAAGGAAAAAGCAGCUUUGUUUUUAAUGCUAACCUUUUUUUAAAGUCAAAACAAAUAGUAGAUGGAAAAUACUGUACUUUUUGUUGUUGUUUUAGUGAAAUAAUAGACAUAUAUAGGUCUGUAUGUGUUCAAUGUUAUAGCAAAAAGCAUAUACAGUUAAGUUAAUGCAGAUUUUUUUGUUUGAAAAACUGGGAAUGACAACAGAAGCAUUUUCUUUCAAUUGACACUUAUUAAAUUGUUGCAUACUUACGAAAAGCUAAUGUAUGGAAAGUAAACAUCAGUGAUAUUUAGUUGUUUUCAGGCUUCAAAAUUUUGUCCUUCAAUUCCACUCUUCAAUAAAAAAUAAAAAGUGACAUGGUAUUUUUAUUACUUUCAUCUAAAACAUUCCAUAUUUCAGUCUGAGCCUAGCAGAUGUUUAAUUUUGGAGCGUGAGAUUGUCGUUGCAUUUCAUUUUUGGAAAGUCUAAGUGUGUAAAGGUUUGCAUUUAAAAAAAAAAAGUUGGUUUGAAGUUUCUUUUAAUGUCAUUACUGUUAUCUAGAUAAUAAGGAAACUAGUAUGUAGCCAGCUUUAAAAACUUUGUGAUCUUUUUUUCUUCAGUAGAUUUUUUCCUCCCCAUCCUACUAUUCAGUGUAUUUUUAGUGAAAUGUAAACUUCCAUUCUUCUCUCUGACCAGUAUUAUUUUCUUGAGCUCUUACUGCUUUAACUUGAAUCUUGUAGCCAUUGUACAUCUCUAGUAUACGCAAAAGCAGCAUUUGAGUCUGGAAAUGUAAAAAGGUAUCUUUAUAUCCUUCACAUGUAACUUUUCAUACCUGCAUUUUAAAACUGGUUUAGUCAGAAUAUUAGAACUGUGCUCUUAAUGUACCUGCACAUGUGAGAUGUGAACAGGAAUUUGCAUGUAUAAUCUGUGUUUAUCUGUAGUUUUCUGAUUAUUUACUGCUUAUUUGUGGAUUCAGGUUACUAAAGUGAUUUACCAAUAAACAAACCUAGGCAACAGUAAUUUUGUUUUAGGUGUUUGGCAUGUUGACCAAUGUAUUUACUGUGCUUGUGACACUUUUUUUUUGUUCGUGACAAUAGAUUGAGACUUGUCUUCAGCAAAUAUUUUAAUUUGACAUGUUUUAAUAGUUUGGUUUAGUAGCUUAUUACAUUGAUACCCUUUCAUUCCCCUACAUUUUAAGCUUACUGUGCACACACUGCCCAUCCAGAAGUUAAACUUCCAGUUAGUGAAAUUGUUCUAAGUGCUUCCUGUUGGUGAAAGUGUAAGUAUUAAUGGAUUUGCCUAAUGCAGAGAUUCAGACUUUUUGAAAUUCUUAGGAAUCAUGAACAUUUUAGGAAUAACUUGACUUACUAAAAUGGAAAGAUAACAUUUUUACUCCAAGCUGGUUGGCAUAGAGAUGGAAAUGUAUGCCUGUAGUGUUUGGUUAGUAUUUGAUGGGGGUUAAUUUACUGGUUUAAAUGAAUAAAUAGUACAUUUUGAUGUAUAGUAGACCCUUGCUUAUCUGAACCCACUUCUAUAUGAACAUUCAUUUAUUUGAAUUACCAAACUGGUUGUCAUAAAAUGCGGAAAAAAUAAAUACCUAUGCGUGUUCGAUUUCCUACUAGGUUUUUUAAAAUGUUUUGGGACUGUUGUGUAUUAUGCCUUUUGGUUUUUAUGUUCCUCUUUUGCCCUGCCUUAUUUGAAGUAUAGUUCACAUUUUGCAUAAGUGAACAUAAGCUUGUUCCACAGGGUUUGGAUAAACAAGGGUGUAUCACAUUUGGUUCAUUUGCUUGGUAAGUGUGUACUAGUUUGUUUUUCUUUGGCAUACUAGCAAACAUGAGGAAUUGGAUUUUAUAAAAAUAAAUCUUCUCAAGCUAAGACUGCA